GCCACGUCAUUUCUUAACCCCGACCGAGCACUGAACGGAACAAUUACAGGGUGUCUGAUACAGUGCCUCGCUCAAUUAGGACACCCCCUUUUUUUGAGACCAAGCCUGCAGUACUCCGUACCAUCUCCCCAACAUACUCCGUCUACACAGGACCGUGUUGUGGCCGCAAGAGGCCGAAAGAGGAAAAAGGGAUUCGCGGUGCUCCCUCAAAAUCCCCGAAAUGCUAAGCUGGAGUAGCCAUACGGAUGGGGGGAUCGCGGAUCACGGCCGCGGCCGGCCCUCUGUCCGUCCACCUGUCAACAAAGGGCGGCCCUGCUUGAGCCCGGCCAGUGAAUUUACUGCCUGGGCCUGGGGCCCUGGAAAGGAAUGGAAAGGUCCCUUGGCCGCCCGCAAGGUCUGGCAGUCUGGGUCACUGCAUCUGCGACCUGGAGCGUGGCCAGUGGCCCGCGGCCUCGCGGGGGCCAGGACUAGACCCAACCUUCUUUUUUUUCUCCGCGACAGCUUGAGCAAAAAGUGCAGUUUCGUCAACAAGGUUUGAUGAACAAUCGAGCCCGACACCGCUCAACACGAUGACGACUCUGUGGUUCCUCGAUCCGGUGAGCUUAAUCGUGCGCUUCUUGCCGACGGCUGGUUCGGGCAAGUAAGCAACCCUGGCCUGCCUGGCAAGGCCCUCGUGCUGCUCGUGAAUCAGUGAAUGGCACACUUUUUCUUCUCCCGUCAAUAGUCUGUGUUUGUUGUGGGUACCUGUCCCCGUGUUCGGCUACCGGGCGGCCGGGAGGAUGGAUAUUCUCGCAGCCCUACUACGCGGUCAGUACAGUGCCGUAAGCCGUACGUGUUCACGGGUACGGCACAGUGCCUGGGCCCUGGAAAACGGCCAUUUCCCCUGCCCAAUUCGGCCUCAGCCCACGCGGCGCCCAGUGGCCGACCGAUCCAACUGUGCAACUGUGCACGGUUGGCAUUGCUUUUUAUAUCCUGACCAAAUUUUAGAACGACAUCAAAGGAAACAAGGCCCAGCAGGAACAAUGAACUGGGUACCGAGCUUCUCCUGAGCAUGCCACAGAGCAUUUUGUGUUGUUUCUGGAGGUGGCUGUGGCUGGAUUGUGCGGGCAAAAUCUGCAAUCCUGUUGUACGCCUCAGUUGCCACCGGGCACCCUGUUUACAAUGGUGCACCGAUCUACUGUCUGAACGGAGCAACCUUUGCUUGCGGAGCGGUCUGGCAGUUUGGCUGUGCAGAGAGCUGAGAGCAUCAUGCCACCACAGCCCAUCGAUCAAGUGACUUGGCAAUUGCAGAAGCGAGCGUGCAGAAGAGGCCCAGAUCGUCACACGCGUCCCGCUUCCUUCGGUGCUCCGACCAGCCUGCCGCCCAAGCGAAAGGCGCCUCCACUUGCCGCGAGAUCGUGGGUCCACAGGCUGCCAGGACGGUGACCCGGCCUUGGCAAUCGCGGGGGAGACGGAGAUUUGGCCUCGUGUUGGACGGGCGACUCGGCGCGGGAUCCCCUGCGUUGUGCUGUCUCUCUUUUUCUUUUUUAGGGUUUCUCGGAGAAUUCAAAAGACUGAUGCCACCUCGUCCCUGGCUGUGUCAUCAUUGUCCGCUUCGUCGCGGUGUCGAAGAGGGUAUGGUCUGGUUCACGUUUCGCUGGGCCCCAGAAAAAAACAAACGGUCGGCGUUUUUACGUUCCAUGACGAUCGUGCUCGGCAAAUCGUCGUGGUUGGUGACUGAAAGUCAACAUGAAACCCUGCAGUGGGGGCCACUGGAACCAUACAGGCAGCCCAGGCCAUCCCCGAUCCACCACCGCCUGCACCGAGCAGUCAGCUGCCGAGUGGCAGAGUGGACACAGGCCAAGCGGGCCCAGUCGGUUUUUGGCCUGGGAGCCUGGAGGCCGCCGGGGUUGACUUCUCGAGGCGGAGAGAGAUUCCGCUGCCACUGCAGUAUCAUGAGUCGAGGACGAGGACGGGUUUGUCCAAGGCUCUAAGCUUAUCUGAGGCAUCGGGGACAAGCAGUUGUCAGCUCGUAUGUUCUGGAAUCUCUCAGGGUCAGGCCGGGUUUGAGGGGGGGGGUCCCCAUCUCUUCCAAAGCCAAGACAAAAUGACGGCUGAUCCAGGGUUCGGGGUAUGCAGCUGUCAUGACCCGCCUGUAGCCGCAUCCAGCCAGACGUCAUCGCAAAGCGUGAACCGUGAACCGUCGAGCGCCUCGCCCGUGAGCUCCAACAUGUCGAGAGCGUGGGGACUGGACUCCAGAGUCCCAAUUGCUCCUCUCUUGGUCCCCCCCUAGCGGCUCACGAACCAGUGGUAAUUCUCCCCUCCCUCCGACGAGAAACAAUAAAACCACGCCGCCAUGCCUCCCCGCCCUCGCCUCGCCCUCGCCAAAAGGCCGUUCCAGGCCCUCGCCUCCAGGUGCUGCUACUCCACCGCAAACGAGGCGCCCCUGAUCCGCGUCACCAACGUGCCCGCGCCCAACACGGGCCACAUCCGGGUCCUGGAGCUGAACCGGCCCGCGGCACGCAACGCCAUCUCCAGGGCGCUGCUCCAGGCCCUGCGCGGCGAGGUCGACGACGUGCACUCGCAGUAUGACGCGUCCACCGGCGACGAGCUGGCGCCCAAGAGCUGGAACCGGCGCUUCGGCGGCGUGGAGGGCGCCCAGGACGGCAACGGCCCCACGAGGGCUCUGGUCCUGGCCAGCGCCGUGGACAGCUCGUUCUGUGCUGGUGCCGACCUCAAGGAGAGGAGGGGCUUCACGCCUGAGGAGACGGCCGCCUUCCUCGCCCUCCUCCGCUCGACCUUCACCAACAUCUCCGCCCUGCCCAUCCCGACCAUCUCGGCCAUCAGCUCCCUCGCCCUCGGCGGCGGCCUGGAGCUCGCCCUGUCGACGCACUUCCGCGUGCUCUCCUCCAACGCCGUGAUCGGCCUGCCUGAGACGAGGCUGGGCAUCAUCCCCGGCGCGGGCGGGACGCACCGGCUCCCGGCGCUGAUCGGCAUCGGCCGCGCGCGCGACCUCAUCCUGACGGGGCGGCGCGUCUCCGCGCCCGAGGCGUACUUCCUCGGCAUCGCGGACAGGCUGGUCGAGGUGGUGGCCCCCGAGGGCGAGCAGCAGGGGGGUGACAAGGCCGCCGCGGACCAGGUGCUGUCCGCGGCGCGGCGCGAUGUCCUGAGCGAGGCUGUGCGGCUCGCCAUGGAGAUCUGCGAGGGCGGGCCCGUCGCGACCAGGGCGGCGCUGCAGGCUGUUCAGAGGCCGCAUGAGGAGGUGGAGAAUGCCAUGUAUGAGCGGGUCGUCGGGACGGAGGACCGCAAUGAAGCGCUUAAGGCGUUUGCGGAGAAGAGGAAGCCUGUAUUUAAGGGGAGGUGAUAUUCUCCCUCGAUAGAUGGGCGAGAAUCUGACUUGGUGUCAUGGCCAGUUACUGGAUGUUGUGAAUCUUGUGAUAUUGAGGCUCAUGCUAGUCCAUGCGCUGUAUGAUUCCAAUAUCGUCAGCCCAGACUUAUGACUAGAACAACAGGCGUACAUCAAAAUCGGGUUGGAACUUCCAUGCACGACCGUCCUAGCUGUUUCUUUCUAAGCGUUGUGUCAACUACUGGUGUCAACGUUAAGUGCACUGUUUGGGUAGUCUUGAGAAGCUCAAGCACUCGACCCUGAGUAGGCGGGUGUUCUUGAGCGGCAGCUCUUUCCCACCCUUAAGAUUCCAGUUUCCAAUUGAGUAGCCUCAACUCUUCAGAUUAAUUUGUUACAUGUGUCUAAUUGGCACUUCAGGAGCUAUAGGUAGAGAGAGUUUGGACGAUGGGUACCUAACUAUAACUCCAUGCCUGCUGAGUAAAUUAACCCAGAUUGGUUCGGACCAAAAUACAUCAGCAUCAACCCAGA